AAUAUGCUAGAGAGCCAUGGUGAGUCUUACCACCAAAUAAGAUAUAUUUUAACCUGUGUUUUGCUAGGUACUCUGUAUGCCUCUGUUUGGCAUUACUAUCACAUUAACCCCUGGAGGAUUGUGGACGACUGUGGGGGAGCCUUCACCAUGGGAGCUAUUGGAGGAGGAAUAUUCCAGGCAGUAAAAGGCUUCAGAAAUGCACCCUCGGGGAUGAGCCACAGAAUGAAAGGUAGUUUGACUGCCAUCAAGACCAGAGCCCCACAGCUCGGAGGAAGCUUUGCUGUAUGGGGAGGCCUCUUCUCCAUGAUCGACUGUGGUUUAGUAAAAGUACGAGGGAAGGAGGAUCCCUGGAACUCAAUCACAAGUGGGGCCAUGACAGGAGCGAUCCUUGCUGCAAGAAAUGGACCAGUAGCAAUGGUAGGCUCUGCAGCCAUGGGAGGUAUCCUGCUGGCAUUGAUAGAGGGUGCUGGAAUCCUGCUGACUAGGUUUGCCUCUUCACAGUUCCCAACUGGACCCCAAUUUGCAGAAGAACCCGCCCCUGCUGCAAUGCCCUCCCCUUCCUUUGGAGACUACAGACAAUAUCAGUGAGAGGACUCCCCACUUCUUAUCCACUAGGCCUUUUUGAAUUCCUUGCUGAAGUUACAAAGAAGAAAUGGAGAUGCAAAUUCCACAUGUCAAACAAUAGCAACUGCACCCAACUUUAAUGGACUGUGUAAGACAAGUCAAAGGCAAAACACAUCUUCAUUUACCUUCUUUCAAGAGCCAUGUACAGAUCUGCCUCUCUGCCAUUUUCAGCCUUGUCAUGUGCAUCUGUUUCACCUGACAUAGGUUAAAUACAGACAUUUGGUGGGAUGUGUUGUUUGAUGUUGGGGAGUUUGUAGGGAUGAGAUGUGUUUUUCUGUUUUGUUCACAAACAGUAUGUACUGCACGUAGCCCAACAAGUGGGAGGUCAACACCACCAAGCUCUGGAUAGUGUUGAAUUUAGCUAGAACCCGUCAGCCAUGGAACAUCAUGAAUUAUAUAUAAGUAUGGUAAACUCAUGUAUAUACAGUAAAGGCUUUCCACUUGUAUUCACUUAUGUUAGUCUUUAUUUGCCUUAAAUAUGUCGUCUGCUUGGGCUGGCCACUGACAUUUGGCUGGCCUUUUUUAAUUUGAUUUUAUUCAGUUAUGAAGGCAAACAUCUAUUCCUGAGCUAUUAGUUUGUUUUAAAGUGAUUUAUUUAUUUUAGAUUGUAAAGAGUUCUACCAGAUUGUUCUAUUUUACGUGACAGUGCUUUUACAUUCAACACAAAGGUGUGGAAAAGACAGCUAUUGACCAAGGAUGGCAUAGGCAGUACAAAUGAAUGGAGAAACUCAAGCAAGGGAUUGAUGCAUACUGUGUUAAAUCUGUAUGAAAGAUUGUACUAUGGUACAAUAAAGACAUAAGUUGU